GUUCCGGAGUGUUCCAGAAGAAGGCGCGCGGGGUGGAGCGAGGGUUCUAGAACGCGAGGACAGAGCGCGCGCGCGGCUGCUGCAGCACAGCGGGGGAGUAAACAAGUCGACAAACAAACACAAAUAAGUAAAUAAUCGCCAUGACGACCAUCGACUACAGCGUGUGGGACCAUAUCGAGGUCUCGGACGAUGAGGACGACACGCACCCCAACAUCGACACACCGAGCCUGUUCAGGUGGCGGCACCAGGCUCGCGUGGAGCGCAUGGAGGCCUGCCACAAGAAGGGCGAGGACCUGGAAAGGAACCUGACGGAGAGUCGAAGGAAGCUGCAGGAGGCUCAGAAGAAGGUCCAGGAGCUCUCGCUCCUAAACACUGAGGAGGCCAAGAAGCAGCUAGUCAAAGCCCAGGAGGAGGAGAAGCGGCUGAAGAAGGAGGAAAGGAGCUGCGAGAAGAAGCUGGAGGAGCACCAGCGGGAGGAGAGGAAGAUGCCCUGGAACGUAGACACACUCAGCAGAGAUGGCUUCAGCAAGAGCGUGCUGAACGUGAAGCCUGAAGUGAAGGAGGAGACGGAGGAGGAGAAAGAAGAGAAGCACAAAACCUUCGUGGAAAAAUACGAGAAACAGAUCAAACACUUCGGGAUGCUGCGCCGCUGGGACGACAGUCAGAAGUACCUGUCUGAUAACCCUCACCUGGUCUGUGAGGAAACCGCAAACUACCUGGUGAUCAUGUGCAUCGACUUGGAGGUGGAGGAGAAACACGCGCUGAUGGAGCAGGUGGCUCACCAGACCAUCGUAAUGCAGUUCAUCCUGGAGCUCGCCAAGAGUCUGAAGGUGGACCCCCGAGGCUGCUUCCGCCAGUUCUUCACCAAGAUCAAGACUGCGGAUCAGCAGUAUCAGGACGCCUUUAACGACGAGCUGGAGUCGUUUAAGGAGCGCGUCCGCGGCCGAGCCAAGGUCCGCAUCGAGAAGGCCAUGAAGGAGUACGAGGAGGAGGAACGGCAGAAACGCCUCGGCCCCGGAGGACUGGACCCAGUGGAUGUGUACGACUCCCUGCCCAUGGAGAUGCAGAAGUGUUUUGAUGAGAAAGACAUUCAGAUGCUGCAGGAGACCAUCAGCAAAAUGGAUCCCACGGAGGCGAAGUACCACAUGAAGCGCUGUAUUGACUCCGGGCUGUGGGUGCCCAACUCUCGGACGGAUGACGACGCGGAGAAAGAGGAGAAGGAGGAGGAGCCUCAGUACGAGGAAGUGAAGAAGGAGACGAGUGAUGGACAGGACGAAUCAGACUCUAAAUAAACGACAAUACACACGACAUUCAUAACUUUCAACACGUAACCAUGUUCAACAUCUCUAAACCCCCCAACACUGCUCCGCCUUUAGUACCUCCUCUAAACCCCCCAACACUGCUCCGCCUUUAGUACCUCCUCUAAACCCCCCAACACUGGUCCGCCUUUAGUACCUCCUCUAAACCCCCCCAACACUGCUCCGCCUUUAGUAACUCCUCUAAACCUGACCCCAACACUGCUCCGCCUUUAGUAACUCCUCUAAACCUGACCCCAACACUGCUCCGCCUUUAGUAACUCCUCUAAACCUGACCCCAACACUGCUCCGCCUUUAGUAACUCCUCUAAACCUGACCCCAACACUGCUCCGCCUUUAGUAACUCCUCUAAACCUGACCCCAACACUGCUCCGCCUUUAGUAACUCCUCUAAACCUGCCCCACAACACUGCUCCGCCUUUAGUAACUCCUCUAAACCUGACCCCAACACUGCUCCGCCUUUAGUAACUCCUCUAAACCUGACCCCAACACUGCUCCGCCUUUAGUAACUCCUCUAAACCUGACCCCAACACUGCUCCGCCUUUAGUAACUCCUCUAAACCUGACCCCAACACUGCUCCGCCUUUAGUAACUCCUCUAAACCUGACCCCAACACUGCCCCACCCUCAGUAUUUUCUAAGUCCCGCCCCAGCGCUUACCUGUCCUCAGUACCUUCUCUAAGCCCCGCCCCAGCACUGUUGCAGUCUCCCACAAUCCCCCUCAUUUCAUUAUUUUUUUUUUCCCCUCCAAAGCUGCUCAGCUGUUGUGAUUAGUGCUGAUUAAAGAGUUCUAAGAGAGUAUUAGAGGUUGGAGGUUAAUUGGCCCCGCCCCUGACCGCUGCAUGCUGAUGGUCGUUACUGACGGAGUAACUAUGGUUUAGAAGUAAUUCUGCUCGUUAGUCAUUAAAGCGCUCGGAGGCCAUGAUCAGCCUUCGCUGCACACAGACGGUAACAUGAACACGCAGAGGAGUGAGCGGUUCUUUCGCUGGUUCCGUCACCCUGUUGUACAAAAAGUGCUCGUUUAUUUUUGUUUGUCUGCUCUGAUGUUCGUCUUCAGACGUCAGUGGCAGUUUUUUAGUUUGGUCUUUUUUCAGUCAGACGUUUAUAUUCAAUUUCUCUCUUAUUUUUACUAGUUUGUGUUGCUGAGUAAAGGUCUGUUGUAAACACUU